AACGUUGAUAUUGUGUGAAUUAAUAGUGCGGAAUCAUGCAAGAAAUUGAAGUCACGCCGCUUGGGGCAGGCCAGGAUGUCGGCCGAAGCUGCAUUCUCCUAUCAAUUGGAGGUAAGAAUGUCAUGUUGGACUGUGGAAUGCACAUGGGGUAUAAUGAUGACAGGAGGUUUCCAGACUUCUCCUACAUUACGCAAGAUGGUCCUAUCACAAACUUCAUCGAUUGCGUUAUAAUCUCUCACUUUCACCUCGACCAUUGUGGUGCGCUUCCUUACAUGACAGAAAUGGUUGGCUACAGUGGCCCCAUUUACAUGACACAGCCUACCAAAGCGAUUGCACCAAUUCUGCUGGAAGACAUGCGCAAAGUCGCCGUUGAGAGGAAGGGUGAAUCGAAUUUCUUCACCUCGCAAAAUAUCAAAGACUGCAUGAAGAAAGUCAUUACUGUAGGGUUACAUGAAUCUGUGAUGGUUGAUAGUCAAUUGGAAAUCAAGGCAUAUUAUGCUGGUCACGUCCUUGGGGCUGCCAUGUUUUGGAUCCGAGCAGGAAGCCAAUCUGUGGUGUAUACGGGUGACUACAAUAUGACACCAGAUCGUCAUUUAGGCGCUGCAUGGAUUGAUAAGUGUCGACCGGAUAUCCUGAUAACGGAGUCAACCUAUGCAACCACUAUUCGAGACUCAAAACGAUGCAGAGAACGCGACUUUCUGAAAAAGGUUCACGAGUGCGUCGACAGAGGUGGUAAAGUUUUAAUUCCUGUGUUUGCCCUUGGAAGAGCGCAAGAACUCUGUAUUCUAUUGGAAACAUAUUGGGAACGAAUGAAUCUGAAAGUACCUGUAUAUUUUGCUGUAGGAUUAACAGAAAAGGCUAACAAUUAUUACAAAAUGUUUAUCACAUGGACAAAUCAAAAGAUUAGAAAAACAUUUGUACAGCGCAAUAUGUUUGAUUUUAAGCAUAUAAAACCAUUCGAUAAACAAUAUAUUGAUAAUCCUGGUGCGAUGGUUGUUUUUGCAACUCCAGGUAUGCUUCACGCCGGUUUAUCUUUACAGAUUUUUAAAAAAUGGGCUCCCAAUGAGAAUAAUAUGGUCAUCAUGCCUGGAUUCUGUGUUGUCGGAACUGUUGGUCACAAGAUUUUGAACGGAGCUACAAAAGUAGAGUUUGAAAACCGGCAAGUGGUGGACGUUAAAAUGUCUGUUCAAUACAUGUCUUUCUCUGCUCAUGCGGAUGCCAAAGGCAUCAUGCAACUGAUUCAGUAUUGCGAGCCAAAGAAUGUUUUGUUGGUUCAUGGAGAAGCAUCGAAGAUGGUGUUCCUGAAAGAGAAGAUACAAUCAGAGUUCAAGAUUGAUUGCUUCAUGCCUGCCAAUGGGGAGACAGCAGUCAUUAAAGCAACGCACCCAAUUUCCAUUGAUAUGUCGGCGAAGCUCUUCAAGUCAGAGAUGGAUCAUCAGAACAGUCAGCCUCCGGAUCCGAAACGCAGACGAAUUUUGAAUGCUGUUCUUGUCGUCAAAGACUCAUCGAUGACUGUGAUGGAUGCUGACGAAGCUUGCGAAGAAGCAGGAAUUUCUAGGCAUACUGUUCGGUUUACCUCCAUUGUGCGUUUGCAAGAUCCGGGGCCCGUCGCUAAAACAGCCGAACACCUUUUUGGACUGAUCUCAAGUCGGUUAGUGGAUUGGAAUGUGCAGCUUAAUGACCUAGCUAUCUCGGUUGAAUCUGUAUUGGUGAAAGUCGAGGGUACCGAAGAGGAGAAGAACGUUCUUGUUUCAUGGGCCAAUCAAGAUGAAGAGCUAGGCAGCAGUAUUUUAACAUUAAUCCAAACAAUUGAUGACGGUGAAGUACCCUGAAGAACUGUGAGAUUUUUUUUUUUUUUUUGAAUCUUUUAUCUCUCAGCUAAAAUGAUUUAAAUCAUUCAUUGAUGUAAGAAAGUCAAAAAUUUUGCCAAAACUCUCCUCAGAUCCGGAGGUAAUGAUUCUAAGUUGUUUAUAAGGUGUUCCAACUGUGUUUUCUUUAAGUUUGUCGAGGUGUAUAACACAAAAAUGAAAGGAUCAUCCCAAUUUAUUAAUGAAUGUAACUACAGGGUGAUCAAAAAGUCCCAGACUACGUACACCAGGCAUCACUCUUGUAAUUUCUAAACAAAUUAAGAUGAGACUUGAAAUUUUGUGAUUGCUCCUAGGUCAAAGGAGACGUCUUUUGAGAACAACCAAAAUUUUAAAGGGACCCCCCUAAAAAGGGACAAGAAUCUUGAGGGUUAUGGAGGUGGUGGGGAACUUUUGGAUCAUCCUGUAUGUACCUGUCAUCUUUUAGUUGUCAUGAGUAUACGAGAAUUUCCAGUGCACAUAUUAGUUUUAGCUUUUCAAACUUGAAAGUGUGCUAAGAUAUUUUAAAAUACUAAACUGAAUUUCGGUGCACAAAAAGGAAUCACAAUGGGUCUGUUGUGUGUCACAAAGUGUGUUGCAGUAUUAUGUUUUCAUCAUUGCAGAUUUCAGAGUAGCAAUUUCCAUUUGGUAUAUAAAUCAAAAGUGAACCAUAUCAAAUAUUGUGCCAUGGGCCCCGUUAUGUUUUUAUUUUUAUGAGUCUUAGGGCUCAGGUCACAAUUAAGAUACGUCUCUUUUGAUGGAAGGACAUAACUCAGAGGUUAGAUACCUAUCAAGGUUUAAAUGGAUUGCAUUUUAAACCGUGACUGUGAUUUGUUUGAAAUGAACUUAAAAUUUAUGUAUUUUUGGAAAAUAAAAACAAUUUUGCUCAUGAGUAA